AUGGUGUCGGGAGGGAAACGGGUGGAGGGGGCAUGGAUGGACGAGUGGAAGGGUGCAACGGGUCUCCCCAACUGCCCUUGUAACAAUAACGAAAAAAUCAAGUACCGACCCUACAUCUAUGACGAUCAACUACUCGGCGUGCGUUGUACUAACUCAGCCUGCGGUCAAGAGUGGCUACAGGAGCGAUUCUUGUAUCAUCCAGACGAAGAUAACACCCGCCCGUCCGUAAACGUCGAGGAUGUCACCCUCAAGCAACAACUCAAGAUAGUCACUGAGAGCAAUACCUCCUUCCAGGUAAAAUAUAGUCGCACCAAAAUCGAGAAUUUUCAGUCCCUGUGCAAUAUCCUAAAGGUGGGGGAUCACAUCACUUGGCAUCGCCCUUUGGGCUACUGGCAUCAUGCCAUUGUGUCAGAAAUUGAUUACGCUGGGGGGAGCGUUAUGGUUUUUCAGUGGUGCAAAUCGGACAAAAAUGUGCUACUGCUACAAAUCACACACAAAUGGCUUGACCUAAACCAAGAAUGGGGAGAAUUGUUUCGUAUCGAUUACCCUGACGAGAUAACUCAAGUUAACCCGUCUGAGUUGGUAAUUGCUCGGGCUAGAUCUAGGUUAGAAGACACUGGUUACAGUCUGUUUAAUGAUAACUGCGAAACGUUUGCGACAUGUUGUAAGACAGGGCUUGCAGAAAGCUGCCAGGUUGUCUGGUUAUUCCAUAAGCUGAAAGCGAUUAUGUUUACAACCACAGUCAAGGCCGUCGGAACUGCAAAAGAAUUUUUUGCCGAGAUCCUAGAGAAAAAGUCCUAUUCACUGUGGAUUGCUAUCUUUGUUGAGUGCGGCUUUUGCGUGUACGAUGUUUACAAGAUUUUAAACAGCAGAAAUGCUGGUGACAUUUCCCGGCACGAUUGCAUGGCCAGCGUUGCCCAACGUCUUGCCGAGGCGAUUUUCGGUAUCAGCACUGGCGCGGCGUGCAGCAUGGUUGGAGGAUGGCUUGGAGAAUUGCUUGGAUGUACUUGGGUUGGACUUUCGGGUGCUGCCCAAGUAUGUAAACUUGUCAACAGAAUGAAGGAUGUGAUCUCCAAUGCAGUGAUAACGGGUGGAACAUAUGGCUUACUUGGAGCAGGUUGA